UCAUUCGAUGUCAAUGAAGUGAUUGGGCUAUCGUCUCCGACGCGCGGCUUUCGUUUCCUUAUUCUUCUUACCUUUGACGAGCGAAGGUGUAGCAGCUGGAACCACUUUGUUUCGAUGCAUGGUUUGUGGGCUGAAAAAGUGAAUUGUAAGCGACAAGGUUCCUUGGGCGCAGGCGAAAUCCUUCAAUAUGAACCCAAGGUGAAAGUCGGAAUCUCAAGGUCCAUAAAAAAGUGGUUCCCUAAUUUUUUUCCACGGAGCCCGCGGCCAGUAAGGCGGAAACAUUUAUCGUCGCUGACUUGCCUACCCAGGUCCUUAACUCCAACUCGAAUCGCUGAUCCCUACGACAGGGCUGCUCAGAUUCUGCAUUCUAUAACUCCAGACUUAUCUGAACUACGC